AAAUUCUUAUGAGAGUUCAUCAUAGAAACUUAACAAACCUUGUAGGGUAUAUGAAUGAUGGAGGUCACCUUGGCCUCAUUUAUGAGUACAUGGCCAAAGGAAAUCUGGCCGAGCAUCUUUCUGAGAAAAGCUCCAGUAUAUUAAGCUGGGAAGACAGACUUCGAAUUGCAAUAGAUGCAGCGCAUGGACUGGAGUAUCUGCAUCAUGGUUGUAAGCCACCAAUAGUCCACAGAGAUGUGAAAACAACAAAUAUCUUAUUGACAGAAAAUUUCAAUGCCAAGCUUUCAGAUUUUGGACUUUCAAAGACUUACCCAACAGAUGACAAGUCCUACAUGUCCACUGUUAUUGUUGGCACUCCAGGUUAUCUUGAUCCAGAGUACUAUACAUCAAACAGGCUAACUGAAAAAAGUGAUGUGUACGGUUUUGGAGUUUCCUUGAUGGAAAUAAUUAGUUGCAGACCAGUAAUUUUGAACACCCCAGACCGAGAAACGAAUUACAUAGUCAAAUGGGUUCACGCCAUGGUUUCUCAGGGAGACAUCAAGAAUAUAGUUGACCCAAGAAUAAAAGGAGCAUAUGAUAGUAACUCUGUUUGGAAAGCUGUGGAAUUAGCCUUGGCCUGUGUAUCAGUAGACUCCAAUCAAAGGCCAACGAUGAAUCAAGUAGUGAUAGAGUUGAAGGACUGCUUGGCCAUGGAGUUGAGUCAGAGGUCGGAAAGCCGUCCAGUGGAAUCAAAAGACUCCAUUGAAAUGAUGUCCAUACCAAUGGUUAUGAAUGCCAGCCGCUCUAGUCCCAUGCCAAGGUGAAGAAAAUAUUCUAGGAAUCGACUUCACUUUAAGUAUUUUCUGGUUGAAUUCCACUCUUCAUUUCAUCAAAUAAAUCGUUGGAGAUGAUGAAAUUUAGUACAAAAAUUGGUUCGAUGUGUUUUGUGGUAUUACUUAUGAAUUUGCAAUGGCGGAACUCAAAGAUUGCUUCAGCCAUGGAACCGAGUCCACAUGGCUUGAUUCAACAAAUUCCAUUGACACGAGGUUGAGUUCGUCUCGGAUCAUUCAUGGACCUUGAUAAUAUGGAUCAUUUAUUUGUUAUUUAACGAUAUAUGAUCAAAUCAUCUAUGUAUUUCUUGUAAGAAAAAAUGUAUUGGAACCAAACUUCAGGUUGUACUUAUAAGCUUUCA